UUGUCAUUAGCUGUUGAUAAUGCUAUUUCAUGUCAAUUGCAAUAUUAAAAAAAAAAAAAAAUAAAGAAAAAGUGGGCUGUUUCCGUACUUUGUAAAAUGUGUAAUAAAUAGUUGUAACGUGCAAUGUCUUUCGAUAAAAUUACCAAAUUUAUUUUGAAAUUUAUUUAAAUCUAUAGAAAUACGGUAUCAAUGUAAAAAAAAAAUCAAUGAAAUCACCGUGUUAUCCUAGUUAAAACUGUCGAUAGAAAACGAUUUUGAUUCGACAUCUUCGAAAUUUUCAUCAUUUAGAAUUUGUGUAUCAUUUGAUAACAUAAGGAUAGCAAUAUCAAAAUGAAUUCAUUAAAAGCACCAUCACUGCAAUCGCUCUUAGAUUCAGAUCGUGGCUCAAAUGAUAGUCUUUUGGCUGAAUCGCUGCAAUUAGAUCUUGAUGAGCUGGAUGAUGCUGAAUACUCCAUUCCUCAUGUCGAUAUGAUGCCAUCAUUGGAAAGUAUUCUAAGUGAAUUGGACACCGAUUCCGAUAUAGUGUCCGAUGUAAGUGUUCGAAUUACACCGACUCCCUCAAUAGAUGAUCGACCCAAAACUGGAACCAUGCUCAGGCAUGUUCUGCUGCAAGGAGUCACAUCGCAAAUAACAUCUGCUUCGGAACGAAUUAAUUCAGGAUUGGCAACAUCCGUAGCUGUAUCAGAUAUGAUUGCGGUUGGCACAUCACAUGGUCACAUUAUGGCAUUUGAUAUAUUACAAGCGUUAAGAUGGUGCUGUCAAGAAUAUUUACAACAAGGUGCUGUCACAAGUCUUGCAUUUAAUGAUGAAAGUACUCGUUUAUUGGCUGGAUUUGCCAGAGGAUAUAUUGUAAUGAUUGAUACAUCAACGGGUGAUUCGUUGCGAGUUCUUUCCGAUGCCAUAACACCAAAUAGUGGUGUUCUCAAUUUAAAAUGGACCGGAAAACCAACAUUGGCUUUGUGCUCAGAUACUGGCGGCUCUGUGUGGUCACUGAGUUUCACGCGACGACUUGGCAAACGCGGCUGUGAUUCAAAGUGUUUAUUUAGCGGUGCAAGAGGAGAAGUUUGUUCAAUUGAACCGUUAAUUAUCGACGAAGAGGAUCAUCCAUUGAAAUCAUAUUGUAUUGUUGCAUUGGCAACUCUGUCCAAAUUUUUUGUAGUCAUGAUUCGGCCAAGAUUAAAAGUUAUAAAAUUUCAUCCAUUACAAGGGCCACCGGACAGUCUACCACUCAUAUCAUGGCAAAUGGUUCUAAUUCAAUCAGCUGAUUCGACACGUGUCAUUGAUCCAGUGUUGGCUGCGGCUCGUGGCACAAAUGUGUAUUUCCAUCAGAUUUGCAUUCAAUCGGGCAAAAUAUCAUUGUUAUUUUUGCGUCACAUAAGCCUGAGCUAUAGUUUAUUGGCUGUGCAUUGGAUGGGGCCGAAAACAAUAGCAACAGUUGAUCGAAAUGAGAUGCUGCAUUUAACUGAUGUAAGAACAACAAAAGAAUCCGAGUGUAUUGAUAUUGCAAAUGCCGGUCUUGUCUAUGGUUCGGCACAUUUUAAAGGUUUUGCAACUGGUGGAAAUGUAUCGCCAGCAUUUGCAUUGGCUGGAACGUAUGCAUGCUAUAAUUCGAUCAUAUCAAAAGGUUCACAAUUGUAUAUAUUGGGCGCAAGAAGUUUGCAAUCAAUAAAUGUACGUUCGUGGAGUGAUCGAAUAACACAUUUGGCACAAAAUCAACGAUGGUGCGAAGCAUGUUCACUGGCAAUUGAAGGCUAUCGAAGUGCUGGUGAUCGUUCACGACGAAAACAAAUGGCCAAAGAUCGUGUUAUCCAACUGGUUGAAGAAUAUUUGACGGCAAGUGCAAGAUGUCCAGAACUGUGCCUUAAUUCAAUUAUGGCCUGUUUGAUCGAAAUUCAAGAGUACGAUAUGCUGUGGCAAGAGCUAUGGGAACGGCUAAACACCAAAGACACAUACAUUAUAUUGUUGAGCGAACAAAUUGAAAAUGGUAAUAUAUCGUAUAUAUCGCCAAUUGUUGCGCAAUGCCUAUGCGAUUAUUGGCUUAAGCAAUCGCCAUCGAAAUUGGAAGAGAUUGUAUUAAAAUUGGAUUGGCAAUGUUUGGAUUUGCAUCAAGUAUUAUCGGCGGCAAAACGGGAAAAACUCUAUCGGGCACAAAUGCAUUUAAAUACAGUUGCAUUGGGCGAUUAUUGUCUAUCACUCACCGAACUCAUUCCGCAAAUUGUUAAUGAAAAAGAUCACAAUUUGGGCAAUUAUUUGCUAGUGUAUAUAUCAAGUUGUUUAUCAGGACGUGGCUAUCCAUCGGGCUAUAUAAAUCCGGAUAUUAUUCAAAAUGUCAAGCAUGAAGUGUUACGUUGUUUAACAUCAAUACAUUCAGUACAUGCCGUUGAAUCAGAGUUAUCCUAUCCAUAUUUACGUGCUUUGCUCACAUUUGAUGCGCAAGAAACGUUGAAUGUAAUCUCGUUAGCAUUUCAGGAGAAAGAAUUUAGCGGUGAACUGGGCCAAUCGCAUCGUCAACGAAUUGUCAAUAUUCUUCUGGAUAUCAUGAAACCGGAAUACUUUCAAUGGACCGAAAUUGGAUGUUUACUAAAUUUUGUGGCACAUGAAAUAGCGACAAAUAAUUUACCAGACGAUUCAAUGUUAUUGCAAAAAGUGUUGGCCUAUGUAAAAAUGGAAACAAUUGAAAAUGAAAGCGGACGACAACAUUCGGAUCGUGAACAAGCAUGGCUUGCAUUGCUCGAAGCUGAUCGCAUCAAUACACUAAGUUUGACUGAACAUUUAGCUAUUGCUCGUCAAUCGAAAUGCUAUCGGGUGGUCGAACAUUUAUUAGAGAAACAAAAGUCAUUCGAUCAAAUUUUGGAUUGUUAUUUACUGGAUAUACAUCGAUACAAUGAAAUUUGGACAUAUUUACAACUGAAUGCAAAUCGACCCGAACGAAAAAUCUUCCAACAAUGCUACGACCAUUUUGAUAAAUUGCUUGAAAUAAAUUGUGAGAAAAUUACGCAAUUUAUGAUCGAAUUCUUUCCACGAAAUGUAUCCCAACUGAUACGAUUGCUUGAAAAGGAUGAACGGCAUUUAUUUGCAUUUAUUUCGAUAUUGCUGAAGCACGGUAUCGCCAUUAGUUCGCAUGAUUGUGAAAUGUAUUUAGAUUUGUUGUGUCGCUACGACGAUGCAACCAAUGUCGAUGGCUUCUUGCGCACAAAUGAAAAUUAUCGCCUUGAAGCGGCCAUCGAAAUCCUUAAAAAAUACAAUCUAAACGAUUGUCUUAUCUACUUGUAUGAGCGUCAAGGUGAUAUCGAUGCUGCGUUCAAUUUAUCAUUGAAAUUAUUACAAAUAACGCCCGAAGGCAUGGCCGAAAAUCGUGCAUUAGAAUUGUGCGCACUUUGUUCACGUUCAUUAGAUGUAUUAUCGAAUGGCGAUCGCGAAAAGCUCUGGUUCACCUUGAUCAAAACAGUUUUAUCGCGAAAUGAUUUAAAUUCGAUAACGAAAAGUGUUUUACAUGCGGCCAGCGGUCAUGUUGAUCUAACCAAUUUAGUGCAAUUAGUAUUGAGUUCGAGCAGUGAAACCGGCAAUUUGGGCGAUAUCAAACAUUUACUGGUCGGAAUGUUGGCCAAUUCAAAAUAUGAAAUACUCUUACAACAAACAACUGCCCGAAUUCUAGGUCAUGAUUUACAUCGAAUGCUUGCAAAAGAAAAACAAAUCGCAAUGCGUGGCCUAUCAAUUAAAUCGAUUAAAUGUAUUUUAUGCCGUUCAAAGCUUUAUAAUCAACAGGAAUCGUUAAUUUUUGGCAUUUGUGGCCAUGCAGCACAUCACACUUGUGUACAAGAUAUGUACACCGAUCCAGAAAAAAAACUCCAUUGUCCGCGUUGCGAUAAUGAAAUCAAUGAAAUGAAACCAGUUGAAUUGGCCAAGCCAAAUGAUUGCUUUUAUGAAAAUAAUGCCAAUGAUAGUUGUAGUCUCACUUUACAAUUAGAAGCUCCGCCACGUUCAAUCGGCUGAUUUCUAUAUGAACAUUUUCUUUGAAAACUGAUUAUAACAUUGUCAAUGUCACUUUUUGUUAGCAAAAUAAAAAUGAAUUUAA